AUGGAUUUUCAUAGUGGGAAUAUAUUUAAUUCAGGUGAGAUUGCUAUCAUAGCAUUUGAAUCAUCAUCAUCAGAUGAUGAAAUUUAUGGGAUCAUUCCUUACGUUGCCCCGGAGAUUUUUCAAGGUAAUAAAUACACUAAAGCUUCGGAUAUAUAUGGCUUUGGAAUGAUUAUGUGGGAAUUCUUGACAGGUAGAAGGCCUUUUUGGGAUCGAAGUCACGAUGUAGAUCUUAUUAUUGAUAUUUGUGAUGGUCUUCGCCCUCCAUUGGUCACAAAUGCACCAGAAGGUUACAUUGAAUUGAUACAAGAAUGUUGGCAUCCUGAUCCAAAUAAUAGACUAACGGCCGAUGACAUAAAAUCGAAAAUUGAGAAAAUUAUUGAUUCAGAAAGUACGGCUAAUAAAGUUUUAUCAUGUUCUUUAGGUUAUUUGACAAAAGAGCUCAAAUGGACGAAUCUGACGAUAACAAUAAAUGAAUAA